GGGGCAAUAUAAAAAUGUGAUUUUUUUUUAAUGUGAUAAAUAAAUAAAUAACCUGGUGAGCACAACUGAAUAAGCAUUUGGGCAGCUAGCGGGGCCACCUAAUGGCGCAGCGGGGAAGCAACCUGCCUAGAAAGCAGGAGGCUGUUGGUUUGAAUCCCCGCUGGUGUGUUUCCCAGAAUAUGGGAAAGUCCUAUAUCGGGCAGCAGCAACAUAGAGAGGUGCUGAAAGGCAUCACCUCAUACUGCGUGGGAGAAGGCAACGGUAAACCACUCCUGUAUUCCACCAAGAAAACCACAUGGCUCUGUGGUUGCCAGGAGUCAACACCGACUUGAUGGCACAACCUUUCCUUUCUUUUCCUGCUAGCAGGGGGACAUCAAGCAUGGCUCAUAUGGCAUUUUCAUGUUUGCCUGAAGUGUUUUACAGCAGCCGAGAAGCAAAUCAAGUGCUGAAAAUCCAGAAGCGGGCAAAUACUUUCUUAGAAGAACUAAAGCCAGGCUCACUGGAACGAGAAUGUACUGAGGAAGUGUGUGAUCUCGAGGAAGCCAGUGAGAUAUUUAAAAGCAAGGAGGCAACUCUAAAUUUUUGGUCCAAGUAUUUUGAUGGAGAUCAGUGUGAAUCCAGUCCGUGUUUCAAUGGAACUUGUGUGGACAGUAUUGGGCGAUUUGAGUGCACUUGUAACCAAGGCUGGGAGGGACGCCUGUGCCAAUACGAGGUCAACUACACCAACUGUUCCACUAGCAAUGGUGGUUGUGAACAUUUCUGUAAUGAGGAUCAGGAAAAUGACCAGCAUCGCUAUUGCACCUGUGCUUCAGGAUACCGGCUGAUGGAUAAUUAUACUUCUUGUGAGCCUGAUGGGGCAUAUCCAUGUGGAAGAAUCGUUCCGAUAACACCAGAGAUCGCUAAAGUCAUUGGGGGGAAAAUAGGAAGAAAAGGAGACAGUCCCUGGCAGGUUAUGCUGUUCAAUGAAAAAGGCAAAUUUGAUUGUGGGGCUGUUCUCAUCCACCCUUCCUGGGUACUUACAGCUGCUCAUUGUGUAGUGGGACAAGAAAGAGUCAAGCUGAAAUUUGGUAAAUAUUAUCGUUGGCGAAAAGAGGAAGGUGUGCAAAUUGUCGUUGUUGACAAGAUAUUCGCUCAUGAAAAUUAUUCUGACAUCACUUCUGAUAAUGACAUAGCAAUGCUCCACCUACCCAACCCAGUGGUCUUCAGCAAGUCCACACUGCCCAUUUGCCUGCCCACCAAGAAGCUGGCAGAACAGGAGUUGAUGAGAGAAGGGACACCAACAGUGGUGACUGGCUGGGGAAACCAGAAUGAGGCUCCUGGCCAGGCUAAUUACUCCUCUGUUCUUCAAUAUAUUGACAUCCCUGUGGUGUCACGGAAUGAUUGUGUCAGUGCUAUGAUUAAUGGAGUCUCCGAGAACAUGCUCUGUGCAGGGAUACAGGGAGAUAAGCGGGAUUCCUGCAAUGGAGAUAGUGGUGGCCCUAUGGUCACGAAAUUCAAGGAUACUUGGUUCCUAAUUGGACUAGUGAGCUGGGGAGAAGAAGGCUGUGGAAAGCUUGAUAACUUUGGCGUUUACACCAAAGUUAGCCAGUUCCUUGAAUGGAUCGAUCAGCAAAUAAAAACACAAACCGCUUCCACCUGACACUAAAUCACAAAGAGGAUUAGGUCCACUUUGGCUGUGCAUUCAAUAUAAUACACCCUGUGUCCUCAGCUAAUAAAUUCAGAGUAUACAAAGUGAGAA